AUGCCGCCCGAGUGCUCGGCCGAGUACUCCGCCGACUACUCGGUGAGCCUGCCGUCGGACCCCGAGCACGGCGUGGGUCGGACCCACGAGGUGACGGUGCGCAGCUCGGGACCCUGCCUCUGCCUACCCCGCUUCAUGCGCCUCACCUUCGCUCCCGAGUCCCUGGAGAACCUCUACCAGACUUACUUCCGACGCCAACGCCACGAGACCCUCCUGGUGCUGGUGGUCUUCGCCGCCCUCUUCGACUGCUACGUCCUCGUCAUGUGCGCCGUGGUCUACGCCGCUGACAAGCUGGCCCCGGUGCUGGCGGCGGCGGCCGGGCUGGUCGCCCACGUGCUGCUCUUCAUCCUCUGCAAGUACAAGCUGCUCCCCGAGCGGGUGGCCCGCAGGUUCCUGCCCUACGUCCUCUGGGUCCUCAUCUUGGCCCAGAUCUUCUGCUACCUGGGUCUCAACUUCUCCCGCUCGCCCGAGGCCAGCGACACGGUGGGCUGGCAGGCUUUCUUCGUCUUCUCCUUCUUCAUCACGUUGCCACUGCGCUUGGCGCCCAUCGUGCUCAUCACCGCCGUCUCCUGCGGCAUUCACACGCUGGUGCUCGGUGUCACCGUUGCCCAGCAGCGGCAGGACGCCCUGGACGAGGGCGCGCUUCUGAGACAGAUCCUGUCCAACGUUGCCAUCUACCUUUGCGCCAUCACGGUGGGCACCAUGUCCUACUACAUGGCCGACCGCAAGCACCGCAAAGCCUUCCUCGAAGCGCGCCAGUCCCUCGAGGUCAAGCUCAACCUGGAGGAGCAGAGCCAGCAGCAGGAGCGGCUGAUGCUCUCCAUCCUGCCCAAGCACGUGGCCGAUGAGAUGCUGAAGGACAUGAAGAAGGACCCGAGCCAGAAGGAGAUGCAGCAGUUCAACACCAUGUACAUGUACCGGCACGAGAACGUCAGCAUCCUCUUCGCAGACAUCGUGGGCUUCACCCAGCUCUCCUCGUCCUGCAGCGCCCAGGAGCUGGUGAAGCUCCUCAACGAGCUCUUCGCCCGCUUCGACAAGCUGGCAGCGAAAUACCACCAGCUGCGCAUCAAGAUCCUAGGCGACUGCUACUACUGCAUCUGCGGGCUGCCCGAGUACCGGGAGGACCACGCCGUCUGCUCCAUCAUGAUGGGGCUGGCCAUGGUGGAGGCCAUUUCGGUCAGGAACGAGCAGGAGCUCAACAAGCUGCUCAAUGAAGCCUUGCUGGAGCGCGAGUCCGUCCAGGCGCUGAAGGGGAAGAGCACCUUCCGUCUCUCCAUGCGCUUCAUCGACCCUGAGAUGGAGACACGCUACUCGGUGGAGAAGGAGAAGCAGAGUGGGGCCGCCUUCAGCUGCUCCUGCGUCGUCCUCUUCUUCACCGCUUUGGUGGAGGUCUUCAUUGACCCCUGGUUGGUGGCCAACUACGUGACCUUCGUGGUGGGGGAGAUCCUGCUGCUCAUCCUCACCCUCUGCUCGUUGGCUGCCAUCUUCCCCCGGGUCUUCCCCAAAAAGCUCGUGGCCUUCUCCACCUGGAUUGACAGGACCCGCUGGGCACGCAACACCUGGGCCAUGGCUGCCAUCGUCAUUGUCACCAUGGCUGACAUCAUGGACAUGCUCAGCUGCCGGCAGGACCAUGGCAGGACGGGCAAUGGGACGGCAGGGCCACCAUGGCCAGGCGGCUGCGGGGAGCAGCCCAAGUACUACAGCUACAUCGCCUUGCUGGCCUUGGUGGCCACCAUCAUGCUGGUGCAGGUCAGCCACAUGGUCAAGCUGACCCUCAUGGUGCUGAUCACCGGGGCCACCGGCGCCGUCAACAUCUACGCCUGGGAGCACAUCUUUGACCAGUACGCCCGCCGCCGUGGCCAGCAAAGCAUGUCCUCGCUGGUCCCCUCCAAGUACUCCAUGACAGCGAUGAUCUUCAUCGUGAUGCUCAGCUUCUACUACUUCUCUCGCCACGUGGAGAAGCUGGCCAGGACCCUCUUCCUCUGGAAGAUCGAUGUCCAUGACCAAAAGGAGCGGGUCUAUGAGAUGCGGCGCUGGAACGAGGCCCUUGUCACCAACAUGCUGCCCGAGCACGUGGCCCGGCACUUCCUGGGCUCCAAGAAGCGGGAUGAGGAGCUGUACAGCCAGUCCUAUGACGAGAUCGGCGUCAUGUUUGCCUCCCUCCCCAACUUUGCCGACUUCUACACAGAGGAGAGCAUCAACAACGGGGGCAUCGAGUGCCUGCGGUUCCUCAAUGAGAUCAUCUCUGACUUUGAUGCGCUCCUGGACGAACCCCAAUUCCGGUGCAUCACCAAAAUCAAAACCAUCGGCAGCACCUACAUGGCUGCUUCUGGAGUGACCCCCGAUGCCAAUGCCAACGGCUACAGCGCCAAGAAGGAGACCCUCUCAGAUAAGGAGCGCUGGCAGCACUUGGCCGACCUGGCUGACUUUGCCUUAGCCAUGAAGGUGACGCUGAUGAACAUCAACUACCAGUCCUUCAACAACUUCAUGCUCCGCAUAGGCAUGAACAAGGGGGCCGUGCUGGCGGGCGUCAUCGGUGCCCGCAAGCCGCACUACGACAUCUGGGGCAACACGGUGAACGUGGCCAGCAGGAUGGAAUCCACCGGCGUGAUGGGGAACAUACAGGUGGUGGAGGAGACCCACCUCAUCCUGAAGGAGUACGGCUUCCGCUUCGUGCGCCGGGGAGCCAUCUACGUCAAGGGCAAAGGGGAGCUGCUCACCUUCUUCCUCAAGGGCCGGGAGAACUCCUAA